UUUGAUCAGGCAUUCUUCUGCAGUGAAUUCAUCAACAACCAACAAGAGAGCUUCACUAAAGGUCUCAAUACAAUGAUGAACAUGACCACUAACUAUUUUGAUCAAAUCAAUACAACUGCUACACCUGAUAGAAGUGGCUCUGUGGAUAAGUACACUGAGUUGAUUCAGUCUCUCACCACCAUGUCGAUUGUUCUUUACUCCCUGGUCUCUGUCCUUGGUGUGCUCGGGAAUGGAGUGGUUAUCUGGGUGACCGGGUUCAAGAUGAAGAAAACCGUUAACACAGUUUGGUACCUCAACCUUGCUGUGGCUGACUUUGUCUUUUCAGCAUUUCUGCCCCUGACUGUGGCAUAUCUGGCUCUAGGGUCUCACUGGCCUUUUGGCAAGUUCAUGUGCAAGCUGAACUCCAUAAUCGGCUUUCUGAACAUGUUUGCCAGUGUAUACAUUCUUGUGGUGAUCAGUGUGGACACAUGUGUGUCUGUGGUGUUGCCCAUCUGGGCAAAGAGCCACCGAAAUGUAUGCAAGGCAUCUUGGGUGAGUCUGGGUGUUUGGGUAGUGGCAACAAAUCUCAGUGCACCAUACUUUUUCUUCAUGGACACUAAGCAAAUGUCUGAAGACAAAAUCAUCUGCUUCAACAGUCUUUUUAAAAAUGGAACACAGUCUCACAACCGCUUUCAUCUUCAAGCCAUGAUCCUCACCCGCUUCCUCCUGGGAUUUGCAAUCCCCUUCACUGCCAUUGUCUCCUGUUAUGCUGUCAUAAUCCAUCGUCUCAGGAAAAAACGUUCCCUGGGCAGACAAUCAAGUCGCCCCUUUAAAAUAAUUGCUGCCAUUAUCAUCACUUUUUUUCUGUGCUGGGCUCCCUAUCAGAUUAUGGGUCUUUUUAAGUGGUUGAUAUUCACAGCUGAUACUGUAAAUAAAACAUUACACCAUGUCUUUGAUAUUGGGUCCUCUUUCACCGCCGGUCUGACUGUUCUAAGCAGCUGCAUCAAUCCACUGCUGUAUGUGUUCAUCAGACAAGAUUUUAAGGAUGAAUUCCGAAAAUCCAUCCUCAGUGUGCUGGAGACUGCCUUCCGGGAAGAGGAGACACACUCCCAUACCUAUACUAAAGCUCUGUUGUUGGUUGUGGAUGAAUCCACUGGAGAAAAAUCCUUGGGCCUCCUCCUCAACCAAGAGGUGCAGAGGAGGAAUCCCAGUGAGAAAUGA